UAGUCUUAUUAUAGGUCUUGCGGUUUGGCCUUUCAUUAUCAAACAGAAAUGAGCAAGUUGGACAGCAAGUUUAUAAUGAAGGAAUGGUAACUACUUGAUGGAGAUUUUAUAUUUAGAUGUGGUUGUCAGCUCUGUCUAUGGCCAAUGAAUUUGUUGACUGGGUCCAGUUGGAGCCAUGCUGUGCAAUGCGCCAUGCCACUAUAUAUGUGUGCAUGCUCUCUUUAUGAUGGGAAGACCAGACACAAAGGUAUAAAGAUGAACAGUGAAGCUAACUCCGAGACAGUAACUGUAUCAAAUAAUGGACAGACAGACACUAAGCCAGUCAAUACCUUGACAAAUGUUGGUGCAACAUUGCAGCAGCAACUUCAAUCGGCAUUGCUGGCCCAGCAGUUUCCACUGGCAACAGCCGGGGCACAUUCUGGUUUACUGAUUCAAAACCCUUAUGGACAACCAGCUGUGAUUCCAGUGUCUGCUGCUCUACCCACUGCUGGUAUACAGAUUGCAGACCUCCAGCAACUGCAGCAACUUACACAGCAACUAACACAGCAACAACAGCAACUUCAGCUGCAACAGAUUCAACAACAGGUCACCAAUUCCCCAGCAGCUAGUUCUGCUGCUAGCACCACUUCUGUGGUCACUCAACAGGCCCCUAUCAGCAGUGCCACCCCUCAGCCCACACAAAUCCAGGCCUCACCUCUGGCUACAACCACUCUGCAGGGACUGGCUGGGGCCCUCCAGGGCACACAGCAGAUUGUAUUUCUGAAUCCUGCACAGCUUACGACGGGUCUCCAGCCACUUCUGAUUCAAAACCAGGGAAUUCCCGUCCUUACUGCUGCCACAUUGGCAUCACUGACACAGCAAGUUCAGCAACAGCAGCAGCAACAACAGCAACAACAACAAGCCCAACAACAACCAACAGCAGCUGUUCUGCAGCAACUUCAGCAACUCCAGAAUGCAACAACCCAACCACUUCAGAUACAGGUGCCUGCUGCACAAUCCACUCCAGUUCAACAAAGUGGAACUCCUGUCAAAGUUCAGAAUACAAUGACCAAGAUAUCCAAUUCUUCUCAGAUAGUUCUACCAGCUGUUUCUACUGCAAAUGCUUCCAUCAAAACUCAACCUGAAGAAAUGUCUUCCUCUGUGGAUGAGAUACCACCAGAAGAAAAUAUUGACUUAGAAGAACUUGAGCAGUUUGCAAAAACCUUUAAAAGAAGGAGAAUAGAACUAGGUUUCACCCAAGGUGAUGUAGGUUUAGCAAUGGGAAAACUAUAUGGAAAUGAUUUCAGCCAAACAACAAUUUCAAGGUUUGAAGCUUUGAAUCUGAGCUUUAAAAAUAUGUGCAAGUUAAAACCACUUUUACAAAAGUGGUUAAAGGAUGCAGACACAAUGUGUGCUAAUCUGAACACACCAGUUGGUGGAAGCCCGGGUGGCAAUGGCAAUAGUUUAUCUCCAGAAUCUGUGUCAAGGAGAAGGAAAAAGAGAACCAGUAUAGAAACUAACAUCAGAGUGGCUCUGGAAAAAAGUUUUCAGCAGAAUCCCAAACCAUCAUCCGAGGAAAUAACUUCUGUUGCAGACCAACUCAAUAUGGAAAAAGAGGUUGUACGAGUGUGGUUUUGUAAUAGAAGACAAAAACAGAAAAGGAUUAAUCCUCCAUCAAACUACAAUCCACAGUUGUCUUCCCCUCUUUCUCCACCAAUCACACCUGUUCAAGUGAUGGCAACACCCACAAAUCAGUUAACCACACCCACCUCUCAAGCUACCAUGACACUUCCAACAAUCAUCAGUACUUCAACAGGUGCCACUCUUGUGGCUGGAUCCACGCCCUCUUCAGUGCCAGGAACCAAUCAGAACUUUAUCAUGGCCAAAAUCACACCUGCUUCUACCUCUGGAUCCAAUCAGGUCAUUUUGACACAAGCAUUACCAACUACAGUAUCUACCGCCCAGGGAAUUUCUUUACAACCUACACAACAACUUAUUCCCCCUCAAAAAAUAGAAUUCACCACCUCAUAAGGAUUCAUAUUUUGGAAGAUUUAUUUUUAGAAUAUUUGUAAAACAUUCCAAAAAACUUGGAGAAGCAAAAACCAAAUAGAAUUGAAAUAUAUUUUUAAUGAGAAGGGAUUCUUAGUUUAUUUUUACUUGGUACAUGAUGUGAAUAAUUGAUAUAUAAUGCCAAAGAACCUGAAACAUGGGCAUGUAUUUCAUGUAAAUACAUGUAUAUACUUUGAUUAAAAUGUUUUGUCUUCCA